CGCUCUCGCUCUCUCUGCCGCCUGCAUUCAGUCAGUCUCACCACAGAACACGGCGCGCGCAGAUAGCUAUCACUAUACAUACAUAUGCCAGUCAACUCAACAACACUUCAGCCGCUCCUUUCCUUUCACUCCGACGCGAAGACUUCGGUUUAGUUUAACCACGUCGCUUAUCCUGCCUCGUUUUUUUCUCUCUAAAUAAGAGCUUCAUAAGCUGCUUUGGGUAAGAAAAGUGCUUUUGUUGUGCGUGUGAAGGCAGCUCAGUUUCACAGCAAUGGCGACAGCUGCGGUAUCUGCUCCUGCUGGCGGCGGCCCGAACCCCGGCUCCGGUGCCGAGAUGGUCCGCGGUCAGGCUUUCGACGUCGGGCCGCGCUACAGCAACCUCUCGUACAUCGGAGAAGGCGCAUACGGCAUGGUUUGCUCGGCAUAUAAUCGUGAUAAUAAAGCACGUGUGGCGAUAAAGAAAAUCAGUCCGUUUGAGCAUCAGACAUACUGUCAGCGCACACUCCGUGAGAUUAAAAUCCUGCUACGCUUCAAGCAUGAGAACAUCAUCAGCAUCAACGACAUCAUCCGCACCCCCACCAUCGACCAGAUGAAAGACGUCUACAUUGUACAGGAUCUGAUGGAGACGGACUUGUACAAGCUGUUAAAGACACAGCACUUGAGCAAUGACCACAUCUGUUACUUCCUGUACCAGAUCUUGCGCGGCCUGAAGUACAUCCACUCGGCAAAUGUUCUCCACAGAGACCUGAAGCCAUCUAACCUGUUGCUCAACACUACUUGCGACCUCAAGAUCUGUGAUUUUGGGCUCGCCCGGGUGGCCGAUCCAGAUCAUGACCACACCGGCUUCCUGACGGAGUAUGUAGCUACACGUUGGUACCGCGCACCAGAGAUUAUGCUCAAUUCUAAGGGUUACACUAAAUCCAUUGAUAUAUGGUCGGUUGGUUGUAUUCUGGCUGAGAUGCUUUCGAAUAGACCCAUCUUCCCUGGGAAACACUAUCUGGACCAGCUUAACCACAUCUUAGGUAUUUUGGGCUCCCCCACUCAGGAGGAUCUUAACUGCAUUAUCAACAUUAAGGCGAGAAAUUAUCUGCUGUCACUUCCUCUCCGCUGCAAAGUGCCCUGGAACCGCCUGUUUCCUAACGCCGACCCUAAAGCGCUGGACCUGUUGGAUAAGAUGUUGACCUUUAACCCUCAUAGGAGGAUUGAGGUGGAGGAGGCGCUGGCUCACCCGUACUUGGAGCAGUACUAUGACCCCACAGAUGAGCCCGUUGCUGAGGCUCCGUUUAAGUUCGAUAUGGAGCUCGAUGACUUGCCCAAAGAGACUUUGAAAGAGCUGAUCUUUGAAGAAACCGCACGCUUCCAGCCAGGCUACAGACCAUAGCCUAUCGCACAGGUGUUUUAGUCUGGAUUCGAUCAUCCUGAUGCUUCUGUCUCCACUUCUUUGUGUGCUGUAGUCCUCUCUUCGUCCUCAUCGUCAUCAUCACCAUCGAUAUCUCCACCUCUUCCUAAACUACAGGCAGCCCUCACAGUUCAUCUGACCCCAGCUGAGAACAUGCACCUCUGCUCUCUUAAUCUGCUUCACUCCAUCCGUCUCAUCACAAUGAAAGCGCAGCGCCUCUCUCACACUCGCACUCUCUCUUCCUGCCCGUCUGUGUGAAAGCUUGUGUUUGUGGACAACACCUCGUCAAGGUUUCUGAUUCCGAUGAACCCUUUUUCUCUCAGUCUCCUGAUACACUUCAGUAAAAACAGUCUAUGAUUGUGUUCUUGCUGUGCUUCUUUCUAGCCUCCAGUUAAUAUUUCCAACAAGCUGCUUUUUUUAAAGUGUCUGUAAGCCAUUCUGAAGUCCCACAGAGGCCAAACUGGGAGCGAACUCUUCAGAUCUCUUCUAUUCUUAAAUCUAUAUAUAUGCAGUAGACUCGCAUUUAUCCACAUUGUGCAUUGCCAAUUUCCUCAAAGUGCACAGAGCGUGAAAUUUGCCACGGUGCCAUUUUUAGGCUUUUAAUGUGUUUUCAUAAAUGCAAAAAUGUAUUUACUAUUGACCCCAAAAAACUAAUUAAUUUAUCUGAUUAUUUUAUAACCCCCAUAUAGUGACUUGACUAAUAUACAUGCAUAUACAUAUGUGUGUGAUUUAAAAAACCUGUAAUUAUUUAUAUGCAUUAAAACCUGUAGGUUAUUACAUUAAUAUAUAUAAAAAUAAUUAUUUGUAAAUCGAUUCCCAAUCACUUCUAGAAAUCUUAGAAAAGAGACAAAUCUAUUACAUUUACUUAAGCACCAAAGAAAAGACCACUCUAAAGAUUUUAGGCCACCUUGGAAAAUGUGUACUUGUGUACAAAAUUUGACCUAAGCCCUCAAAUGACCUGCCAAAAAAGGCAAGUGCCAUGCAGGUUUACAUAUAUCCUGAAAUCCAGGUGUUUCUUUUUUAAUCUAAAGAGGCACACUAGAUUUGAUCAUUUAGAUAGGUGUAGAGAAACUUCUGUCAUGGGAAGAAGAACAAUCCUGAGUUUUUCAGUCACAAUGGGUACAUUUUGAAUCAAUGUCUAUUAUAAACGUACAGUGCCUGCUCAUUUGUAUUCAUUCUUUCCUUUUUGAAUAUUUCUUUGUCUUUUUUGCUUUCCAUGCACCCCCCAGCCGCCUUGUAUCAAUAAGACUGUGCCCUUGCAUGACUGUUAAAAAGCUUUCUAUACAAAGAAAAUGGAAGUGCCACCUUGCUGGGGAUUCCAAUUUUGGACUCUCAGGUUUUUGUUAUAUCCUACCUUUUGUGGUCUCAUAUUUCCUAUAUAGAGUGUAAUCGGUGCAAAAAGAAGACAGCUCUUUAUUUUGCUUGUUCAUUUCAGUUGCACUUCUUUCAAAAUCCUUUCGGUGUUUGGAGAAAAAAAUAUUAAUAAUCGAGAUUAGCUUUUUAGAUGAACUAGCUCAACCAGAACGCCAGGUUUAAUUCCUCGUGGAAAUUAGGAGCCUCCAGCCAUGGAAAUGCUCCUUUUAUUAAUCCAUUUCAAUCAUAAGAUACUGUCUGCUGGUGUAUUAAUAACGAUCCAGGGGAACUGAAAGUCUACCUGGAACUGCAUACUCUUUUAAAAUUACACAGCACUUGAACAUUUGCGAAAAUGGACGUCUAAGACAUUAAGUUAUUACUGAUACUGUUAUGCUCAUAUUUGCAUGGCUUCAGCAAGUGUUUCUUGCCCACACUGGCCCUCGUUGGUUUACUAAUCCUACAUUACUUUUGUCUAUAUGCAUCUGGCAAGACGCCACCUAGUGGUGAUCUCAGGUGCUGGUUGAUCAAGAAGAGAAUGGGUGAUUCUCUUGAAUGAAUAAUAAUAAAAAAAAUUUACUUUGUAAGAUAGCUUCUGCCGAAUCAGUGUGCAGCCUGUCUGUUUCUGUGUGCCUUUAUGUGUCAUGAAUAACAAUUAUUGUGCAGCUUUGUUUUGUUGGGGAUCAGUUGUGACUUUUUUUGCCGUAUGCUCUGAAAUAUAUAAAAAGUGAAAACCGAGAAGAAAAAAAAACUACUCUUUAUGUAAUUUUAAGCCCUAUUUGUCAGAGCUUUUGUGAUUAAUUUGAGGAAGUAAAGAAAAUUUAAUACGCCUUUUUUCUACCCUACCUGGUUUGAUCCUGUUGCAUUUUGCCUUCAGUUCUUGAAAGUUUUGUGCAGAACUGCUUUUAUUGUAAAAAUGAAUGUCUAGUGAUUUAUUAUUAUUAAUCUUGUAAAAAGGUCUCUGUGUAUUAAUCUACUUUUUGCUAGCAGUGGCAAACUUUUUGUUGUGAUUUUCACUUGAUGAGCUUUGAAACACCCAAAUUUUUGAUUUUUGUGAUUACAAAUAUUUCAAAAUUAUAUUAAAAUCUAUUGAAAACAGUGGCAUUAUGUCUGAAAGGCUUGUUUUUAAUGCUCAAAAAGACAGCCAAUGUUUAUCACCGAUAUUGAUCUCUGCAUCUGCCUAAUCAUGUAACCUAGAAACUGCAGAAUAAAACCAAUUGUAUUAUA